CUAUUGCUCCUGAAAAACAGAAGAGGUGACUAAAAUCCUGUCAGGCAUUCCUUUCCCAUUUGGUUUUUAAAGACCCUUCUAAUUCAGGGGGCCUUUUUUAUCCAAUUAUGAAGGCCUUCACUGUACUAGUGCUCUGCUGUAGUUUUUUCUCUAGCAGAGCCACCCCUCUUGCAUUUGAGUUUUCGGACUGUGAUGACCCUGAUGUCUUUAAAGCUGUUGAUGCAGCACUGAAGAAAUACAAUGAAGACAGAGCAACCGGUAACCAAUUUGCUCUAUACGUGGUGAUGGAAGCCAAGAGAACUGCAGGUCCUGACCCACAGUUCUAUGUGAAAUACAGAAUACUCGAAAGCACUUGUGCCACUGAGGAAAACAAACACUGGCAACACUGUCAUUACAAAGUAUCUGCAGAGGCUAAAACAGGAGAAUGCACAGCUCGAGUUCAUAUGAAUGAUGCUGAUAAAACAACUAAUGUUUCACAAGACUGCAGAAUUUUCUCAGAUGUGUCAAAGAUAAAACUUACUGAGGCUCCAUGUCUUGGAUGCUUUCAUCAUAUAUCCAGUGAUGGUUCAGAAGUGUCAGAAAUUCUGAAACAAGCCAUUCAAAAGUUUAACAAGGGCAGUGAUGAACCUGCCCUUUUUAAGCUUGUGGAAAUAAAAGAAGCUAAGAGACAGGUGGUAGCUGGAUGGAAUUACAUAAUAAAAUAUGAAAUUGAGGAGACUAAUUGCUCCAAAGACCAAUUUCCAGAUUUAACUGCAGAAUGCAAAAUCACUUCUAGAGGUCGUGUAGCUAAAUGUGAGGCCAAAGCAUUUCAGAAUCUUCAGGCAGAGAUUGUGGAUAGCGUCAGCGACUGCAAACUUCCAGUUCAAGAAACAGUGGUUGCUGCCAUUUGCCCAGGUUGUCCAAGGACUAUCCCAAACGACAGUCCAGAACUGAAGGAACUACUGAAGGUUUCUAUGGAGAAGUAUAAUUUGGAGAGCAAUGAUGAUUUCUACUAUAAAGUUGGAGAAAUACAAUCAGCGACAGUUCAGGUGGUUGCAGGAAAAAAGUAUCAAGUCAAAUUUACAGUCUGGAAGACAAACUGCUCUAAGAGUGAGUUUGAAAAACUUAAUGAGGACUGUACAGCCACAUACAACAGUGCAUCACUGUCAUGUAAAGCACAAAUUCACGUGAUCCCAUGGCAGGAUAAAAUCUACCCCCAGGUGAACUGCUCUGAAAAACAUCAAGCGGUGUUCUUUGCAAGAAGGCCUCCUGGAUUCACACCUUUCCGGAGCGCUGUGAUGCCAAGCCAGCCAAAUGCAGCUUCACAUGCUGAUAAAAAUGAAGGAGAAAGUCAAAGCCCUAGCACAGGAACGAGGAAAGACGAUGGACAGGAACCAGAAGGCGAAGAUCGCCCAGAAUCUCCUCACCCCAGAUGUCCUGGAAAACCAUGGAAACAACUUGUGGGCUUUCUAGCCCCUCCUAGCUUUCCCAGAGAAUUCACAAAUGAGGAUCUCUUGCCUUCUGCAGCAGAAAACAGCAAUCCAGCUACAGAAAACAUCGAAGAAGACUUUGAUCUCACAGAUGCUUUACCAUAAUUCAAACAUUGUAGGAUCCUUUUCAGAAAUGUUACAUAGAAAAUAAGAAUACUGCCUUUUGAAAUGUAUAAAACACGAAGAGGCAAAAGAUCAUAUUCUGUUAACUGAAAUACCCAAGUAGGUCACCAGCACUUCUGGGGACCUAAGACCAUAUGGCAAUACUGUGUAUUUGCAUAUAUUUGCAAAUAUGUAAAUCAGUGUAACUCAUCUGCCUCAAUUUUCUAUAACCACAAACUGAAUCACUGCAUCAAAUCUUACUGUAUCAUAUUUAAAACAAUGGCAGAAAGAAUGUUGCAGAUUACAUGAAGAAUCUCAACCAAGUAUGGGUAAAACAGAAGACAAUAUAGAACAAGGGAGCCUCUUUUAGAUAUGUGAAAUCAUUUUUCUCUAAUUUACUGGAAUGGAUCAUUUAAAGAACAAAAUAAAACAAAGGAACCUUU